UCAUCGUUUUCCCGGAAACUGAAGAAGGAAAUCACAGUGGAGUCGCGUUGGCAUUUGGAUCAGCUGUGCUGGAGCGCACGGGAGAGACACCGAGUCUGUUCGCUGACUUCAGGAAUAGGACAUGAUAAGGUCCCCAUCAUGGACACAGAGAUGAUGCCAAAAUUCUCCUCGAAAGACGAGGAAAUCGAUUACUGGAAGAGUUUGACUCUCAAAUACAAGAAGAAUUAUCAUGAUGCUCAGGAGGAGCUGCAGGAGUUUCAGGAGGGCAGUCGAGAGCUGGAAGCUGAACUGGAAGCUCAGCUGGGCCAGGCAGAACAUCGCAUCCGAGACCUGCAGUCAGAGAAUCAAAGACUGAAGAGUGAGGUGGACACACUCAAGGAGAAACUGGAGCAUCAGUACGCUCAAAGCUAUAAGCAGAUCGCCAUGCUGGAGGAUGACCUAGUCCAAACGCGCAGCAUCAAGGAGCAGCUGCACAGAUAUGUUAGGGAGCUGGAGCAGGCCAACGACGACCUGGAGAGAGCCAAAAGGGCCACCAUCACAUCUCUGGAGGACUUCGAACAGCGGUUAAAUCAGGCUAUAGAGCGGAACGCCUUCCUGGAGAGCGAGCUGGAUGAAAAGGAGUCACUUCUGGUCUCUGUGCAGAGGCUGAAAGAUGAGGCUAGAGACCUGAGACAGGAGUUGGCUGUACGAGAGAGGACGACAGAUGUUUCGAGAAUGUCGGCUCCCAGCUCUCCCACCUUAGACAUCGAUAAGACUGAUUCAGCUGUGCAGGCCUCCCUGUCCCUCCCUGCCACACCUGUUGGAAAGACCAUCGAACAUCCUUUCAUUUCUCAGAAAGCAUUGACCAAUGGCUGCGGAAACUCCCCCCUCACACCAUCUGCACGGAUCUCAGCCCUUAAUAUUGUUGGUGACCUUCUGCGUAAAGUCGGGGCUCUGGAGUCUAAACUAGCUGCCUGUAGGAACUUUGCCAAGGACCAGGCAGCAAGGAAAAAUUACGCAACAGCAAAUGGAAACCUCAUCAACAGCAACUCAACAAAGUUCUCUCAUUCAAUCCACACUACGUUUUUUGACAAGACGACUAUGAAUGGGCUGGAUCCCGGCACUCUCACCGCCAUGGCUGCCCCACGUGCUGUCCCUCCUCCUGGCAUGCUCCCUCUCAGUGUGUGAGGGACUUUCCCAGAAUCCUCCACACAUGCCCCAACACCACAUGGACAUGGAGAGGACACUUGAAGGAGCGUGUGCGUGAUAGUAUGAGUGUGUGUAAAAGGGACUGAUGAAAUGACGUGCCUCACGUGUGUCCGACAUAUACAUGCAAGGGUUCAUUCCUGUGACCGUGUGUCUCUGUAGACCUGAGUUCUCACAAGGUCUCUGCAUUUCUCAGUUUUGUCUUCACCCGAAGCCAGCAAAAUGACAAAGGUCUGUGUCAGACCACAGCUUCUUUGUGAGUUUGUUUUAGUGAGUUGCACAAUUUAAAAUAUAUUUAGAAAAUGGCGAUAAAGGGAUUUUCUUUGAGGUGAAUGUCGCUGUAUGCUGAACUGUGCACGUGUGUACACGUGUACGUGUGUGUGGCAAUGACUGAAUUACAUGUUCACUUUCACGUUUACUGGGUCUAGAUUCCUCACGCUGCAAAAGUAAUGAUGGCAUCGCCCUACAUUGAUCAACUCUUUUCACUGUAAAUCAGUAUCCAUGCAAUGUGACCAUCGUCACAGGAGUUAUCAAUGUAUGUAUGAGCCUCAUUUCUAUCCCAUGUGCCUCUGGAUCUUCUGGCGAGUUUGAUACUCACUGUUUAUUUAUUUCACUUGAGGAGCUGAAGCCAACUUAUGUUUAUCACAAUUUUUUUAUGUUUGGCAAACUUAUAGAAGCACAUGUUAAGUAUUAAUUUAUCCAUGUAUUUUUUUAUUUCACAGAUAACACGCACUUUGUUGGCUAUUUUGUAAUAUUUCAUGUAUAUAGAUUUGUAAACAUAGCUGCAGUGCCCAGUAAAGUCUGUAGAUACUAAAAGUGGGCCAAUGAACGGUUUAAUUUAUUUCAGAAUGUUUAUGGCAUGUGUUGACACACAAUCGCGUUUUACAUACUGUGCAUUGAUUUAAAAUCAUAUAUUAAGAUGUAGAAUUGGUUAUCUAAUAUGUGCAAAUAAAUAAAAG